AUGCUGUAUAAUUUCCUACAUUUGUCUCCUAAGGAUUAUGGACUUAUAACAACUGAUGCUGAUUUAUACUAUCAGUAAUAUUCACUCGCAUCUAACUCAAUACUGCAGGCUGUUCCAAACAGGACAACGCAAAGACAACCGGAUUCUGUUGCUGGAUUGAUACAUAAGUUUCAAACUUAAUUGCUACAGACGCAACUACUUACUAAUCCUCUGAACAAGCAAACAGAAUAGAGAGCAUUUUCAGCUCUCUCCCUCUCCUUGCCUGUCAGCAAUCUUGCGAUCCGGAUUGGUUCCUCCUCACACACUCCGGUGUGACGUCACGCACUCUCCGCUCCGCUCUCAGUGUGUGAGACUCUGCAGCUCCAGGGUGCGGCUUUCCCUUGCAAGGCAGCACACCAACUUACCAGCACAAAUGGACUUCUAAACUAAUUAAAGGUGAGCAGAGCUGGCUGGCUGUGUAAAGUCUAUGGGGAAAACAGGGACUUUACACCCCAAAAUAUGGCUCCCCUUUUUGUUCCUGGAGACACAAACACUGCAGUAUUGUUGGUAUCCCUCAUCUGAACCCCCACGCCAAUUUUUGUAGGAAAAUAAUGAGAUAUGGCUGAGAAAAUGAUUUAGAACGCUAAACUAAGAUUUUACCGAAAUGAAUUUAUCAGGGAAGGGGAAAGGUAAGAGUAUCUGCACCCAGCCCCUUCCACUGGGUGUCCCAGCCUAAACUCAUCAACAGUGCUAAACUGGGAUCUUCUAACAUGAAAUAGCCAGAAGCAGACUUCUAACUGCCAGCAAGCUGCACACUACAGCACCUGAGUUCCCUGACUCUCCAAGAGGAACUAACCUGCAUCAUGUGCCCAGACAACUGGCAGAAAAUCACACAGAAGAAAUGUAUCAUUAUCUCUAUUGGAUUGUGUCUGCUUAUUGUUAGCUAUAUCUGGCACAGAAAUGAGGGUUUGCAGUAUUAUACAUUUUCCUGUGCAAUAAAUGGCAAUGAUCGGACUAGUGAUUCUGCAAACAAUCGUACCAAUGACAGCGUGAGUCUCUCACGUUUAGACCACCUGCAAGAAGUCAAGCUACAAAGGAUGCUUUAUGAUAAGCCGGAUGCCCUCACACCUCUGAGAACUGACGUUGCGGUGCUGACUCCCUGGCUUGCGCCAAUUGUCUGGGAUGGAACCUUCAACAUUGAUAUAUUGAAUGAAUAUUUCCAUAGAAAAGGCACCCACAUCGGUAUUACUGUCUUUGCUAUCAAGAAAUAUGUGAUGUUUGUAAAAACAUUCAUUGAAACAGCUGAACAAUUCUUCAUGGUUGGGCACAAUGUCACCUACUAUGUCUUCACUGAUCGUCCCAAUGACAUCCCUUUGGUUCCACUUAAAGAGGGGAGACACUUGGAAAUUCUGGAGGUCCCUGGAUACAAACGAUGGCAGGAUAUAACCAUGAGGCGCAUGCAGGUGAUUCGGGAUAAUUGCCGCCAAAGGUUCCUCAAUGAAGUGGAUUACUUGGUGUGUGUUGAUGUAGAUAUGACCUUUAAUGACCACGUUGGAGUAGAAAUCUUAAGUGAUGUGUUUGGUGCUUUACAUCCUGGCUUUUUUGGAGCAUCACGCCCAGCAUUUACCUAUGAGCGCCGACCUCGGUCUCAAGCUGGAAUCCCUGUUGAUGAGGGGGACUAUUAUUACGCAGGAGGAUUUUUUGGGGGAACAAUUGAGGAAGUCUACAAACUAACAAACUUCUGUCACAAUGCCAUGAUGACAGACAAGGAACAUAAUCUUGAAGCACUUUGGCAUGAUGAGAGUUAUUUAAACAAAUAUUUUCUUUAUCAUAAACCAACCAAGAUCCUCUCUCCUGAGUAUAUUUGGAAUAGUUACUAUGGUAACCCGGCUGUGCUUAAGAAGAAAAGGUUUAAUUCUAUUCAGAAGGACUAUAGCCAAGUCCGUAGCAGAAGGUCAGUCUAGAAAAAUGUAACCCAAAUUGGAAAAAAAUAGUUUAAUGAGCUUCUGAGUUCAAAACAAUAUUUUAUAGAAAGUUGGAAGUUACAGUCACCGGAAGAUAUUAAUAUUAAACUUUAUGACUCAUGGAUCAACUGGUGUACUGUGCAUUGAAAUUCAUAACUCACUUCUGGAUGCAGCAGAGAGAACAAUCAGCUGUAAAUUUCACAACUCAUUUAGGGUUACAGGGACAAUCAAAAUCAGCUGUAAAUUUAACAAAUCAUUUAGAGUUACUGGAGAAACCACAAACAGCUGCUAAAUUUCACAGUUCUAUGGUUACUAUGGCAAUUACAACUAGCUGCUACAUUUCACAACUCUAUGGUUACUAUGGCAAUUACAACUAUCUGCUACAUUUCACAGCUCUAUGGUUACUGGGACAACCACAUACUGCUGCUAAAUUUCACAACUCUAUGGUUACUAUGGCAAUUACAACUAGCUGCUACAUUUCACAGCUCUAUGGUUACUGGGACAACCACAUACUGCUGCUAAAUUUCACAACUCUAUGGUUACUAUGGCAAUUACAACUAGCUGCUACAUUUCACAGCUCUAUGGUUACUAUGGCAAUUACAACUAGCUGCUACAUUUCACUGCUCUAUGGUUACUAUGGCAAUUACAACUAGCUGCUACAUUUCACAGCUCUAUUGUUACUAUGAUGAUUACAACUAGCUGCUACAUUUAACAGCUCCAUGGUUACUAUGAGGAUUACAGCUAGCUGCUACAUUUCACAACUCUAUGGUUACUAUGGCAAUUACAACUAUCUGCUACAUUUCACAGCUCUAUGGUUACUGGGACAAUCACAUACUGCUGCUAAAUUUCACAACUCUAUGGUUACUAUGGCAAUUACAACUAGCUGCUACAUUUCACAGCUCUAUGGUUACUGGGACAACCACAUACUGCUGCUAAAUUUCACAACUCUAUGGUUACUAUGGCAAUUACAACUAGCUGCUACAUUUCACAGCUCUAUGGUUACUAUGGCAAUUACAACUAGUUGCUACAUUUCACUGCUCUAUGGUUACUAUGGCAAUUACAACUAGCUGCUACAUUUCACAGCUCUAUGGUUACUAUGGCAAUUACAACUAGCUGCUACAUUUCACAGCUCUAUGGUUACUAUGGCAAUUACAACUAGCUGCUACAUUUCACAGCUCUAUGGUUACUAUGGCAAUUACAACUAGCUGCUACAUUUCACAGCUCUAUGGUUACUAUGGCAAUUACAACUAGCUGCUACAUUUCACAGCUCUAUGGUUACUAUGGCAAUUACAACUAGCUGCUACAUUUCACAGCUCUAUGGUUACUGGGACAACCACAUACUGCUGCUACAUUUCACAGCUCUAUGGUUACUAUGGCAAUUACAACUAGCUGCUACAUUUCACAGCUCUAUGGUUACUGGGACAACCACAUACUGCUGCUACAUUUCACAGCUCUAUGGUUACUAUGACAAUUACAACUAGCUGCUACAUUUCACAGCUCUAUGGUUACUAUGAAAAUGACAAAUAGCUGCUACAUUUCAUAAAGCAGUACAAAUUUAUAGAAA